AUGGCAUCUGCUCAGAUCCGAAACUGGACGCCAGACCUGGCGCAUAUCGCAACUACCUUCGCUCUCUUAGGAGUUGCAUUUCACAUUAGCAUUAUCCCCUUCGAGAUAGACUGUCAGACAGGAAGGCUGCUCCUCCUCUACGCCUUUUCAUGGGCAGGAUUGGCUGUCAUUUUCUCCAAGGGAUAUGGCCUCGACUGGACAUCCGCCCUUGGAGCAGCAUGGCAGGCUGGGUUCUUUUUUGCCGCCGGGCUAUCAGCGAGCAUGGUCAUCUAUCGCUUGUUUUUCCAUCGGCUGCGGCGCUUCCCUGGGCCAUGGGGCGCAAAACUGAGCCGUUUUUAUACGGUAGGACUGACCAAGAGAUCGAACCUCAGGUAUCACCUAGAGCUAGAGAAACUGCAUCGAAAGUACGGAGAUUUCGUGCGCACAGGUAUAUUAAACAAAGCUUUGACCUAUUUGGCGGCGAGCCCAGAGACUGAAACAGAGCAAAAGGACCUCGCGAACUUUCCAUCUCCAAUCCUUUCGCUGUGCAAGCCAUUCAUGGCCCGAAGUCGCAGUGCCCGAAGUCGCCAUUCUACCACCAGCUCACCGACGACGAUACUAAAAACAGUCUCAAUUGGACGCGUGAUCCAGAGUUUCAUCGUCUUCGCCGGCGAGCCUGGGACCGAGGACUAG